AUGGCUCCCUCAACCGGCACCCUCCCACCCCACGAAGCAGCGCAAGCAGUCCUCCGCACCGGCCUAACCCACCUCGCCGAACCCCUCGUCGUAACCUUCACCCAGAACCUCUACGGUGCCAUGUGUCUCUCCUCCGGCGGCCUCUUCUCCAUCCUCGUCCGCGCCGGCUUCGCCGGCUUCGCCUCAGAAAACAACCCCGGCAUCCAACGUCUCCUCCAAGGCUUCGCAUUCCCCUUCGGCAUCGUCCUAACCUACACCAUCGGCGCGGAGCUCUUCACAGGCUACCCGAUGUGGCUCACCAUGGCGGCGCUAGAACGCAAAGGACGCCCUCACCAGUACAUCUACGGCGUCGUCACGUCCUGGGUGGGGAAUUUACUAGGGGCUUUGCUGUUUAGCGCGUUGUUCACGUAUUCGACGCAAGCGAUUAGUGAGGAUCCGUGGAGGAGUGCGAUUGUGACGCAGAUUACUGAGGAUAUUGUGGAUUUGUCUUGGCAUAUUAUUUUUUUGAGGGCUUUUGGGUGUGGGUGGCUUGUUACUAUUGCUAUGUUUUUGGGAACGCAGAAUCAGGAUGGGAUUAGUAAGGCGGUUUGCUUGCAUUUUCCGUUUAUGAUUUCGGCGACGGCGAGGUUUCCGCAUACGGUGGAGUAUAUGUACCUUGCGAGUACUGGAAUGAUGCUUGGGGCUCCGUUGAGCGUUGGUGGCUUCUUUUGGAAGUGUUUGCUGCCGAUUACGCUCGGAAAUAUUAUUGGUGGGGGAUUGUUCACGGGUGCUUACCUGUGGUGGACGCACAUUUGCGGACAGAAGAGGGAGUAUGAGGGAGCUGAUGGCAAUUUGCUGGAUGAUCACGAGUGA